AUGGCUCUGAGUGGCAACUGUAGUCGUUAUUAUGCUCGAGAACAAGGGGCUGCAGUUCCCAACUCCUUCCCUGAGGUCGUGGAGCUGAAUGUUGGGGGUCAAGUUUAUUUCACUCGCCAUUCCACAUUAAUAAGCAUCCCUCAUUCCCUCCUGUGGAAAAUGUUUUCCCCAAAGAGAGACACAGCUAACGACCUAGCCAAGGACUCCAAGGGAAGGUUUUUCAUUGACAGAGAUGGAUUCUUGUUCCGUUAUAUUCUGGACUAUCUCAGGGACAGGCAGGUGGUCCUGCCUGAUCACUUUCCAGAAAGGGGAAGACUGAAAAGAGAAGCUGAGUACUUCCAGCUCCCAGACUUGGUCAAACUCCUGACCCCCGAUGAAAUCAAGCAAAGCCCAGAUGAAUUCUGCCACAGUGACUUUGAAGAUGCCUCCCAAGGAAGUGACACGAGAAUCUGCCCCCCUUCCUCGUUGCUCCCUGCUGACCGCAAGUGGGGUUUUAUUACUGUGGGUUACAGGGGGUCCUGCACCAUGGGCAGAGAGGGGCAGGCGGAUGCCAAGUUUCGGAGAGUUCCCCGGAUUUUGGUUUGUGGAAGGAUUUCCUUGGCGAAGGAGGUCUUUGGAGAAACUUUGAAUGAGAGCAGAGACCCUGACCGAGCCCCAGAAAGAUACACAUCCAGAUUUUAUCUCAAAUUCAGGCAUCUGGAAAGGGCUUUUGAUAUGUUGUCAGAAUGUGGAUUCCACAUGGUGGCCUGUAACUCCUCAGUGACAGCAUCUUUCGUCAACCAAUAUACAGAUGACAAGAUCUGGUCAAGUUACACCGAGUACGUCUUCUACCGUGAGCCUUCCAGGUGGUCAUCUUCACACUGUGAUUGCUGCUGCAAGAAUGGCAAGGGUGACAAAGAAGGAGAGAGUGGCACCUCCUGCAACGACCUCUCCACCUCCAGCUGCGACAGCCAGUCUGAGGCCAGCUCUCCCCAGGAGACAGUCAUCUGUGGGCCCGUGACACGCCAGACCAACAUCCAGACUCUGGACCGUCCCAUCAAGAAGGGCCCCGUCCAGCUGAUCCAGCAGUCAGAGAUGCGACGGAAAAGUGACCUGCUCCGGACUCUGACGUCCGGCUCCAGGGAGUCGAACAUGAGUAGCAAAAAAAAAGCUGUUAAGGAAAAGCUGUCAAUUGAGGAAGAGCUGGAGAAAUGUAUCCAGGAUUUCCUAAAGAUCAAAAUUCCAGAUAGGUUCCCAGAGAGAAAACACCCUUGGCAAUCUGAACUUUUACGGAAGUAUCAUCUAUAG